AUGUCCAGCUCCACCGCAGAAACGUCGCCACUGACCCUCAUAUCAGCAACACCAUCGCCAUUCGCACGCAUGAACCGCAUCGCGCUCACUCUAAAAGGCAUACCCUUCGAGCUCAGGAAUGAGAUACCAUGGCAAAGCGCAACAGAAACACCCAAGUACAACCCAUUGGAGAAACUGCCCAUUUUGCUUCUCCCUGACGGCCGACCGCCAGUCUACGAUAGCGCGCACAUCCAAGAAUACAUUGUGCGCAAGUAUGCAGACAGAGGCCCGAAGCUAAUCACCGGCGACAUGGACUUGGAUCUACAAAUCCGACAAAUCGUUGUCUUGAGCGUGGGUUGCAUGGACGCCAUCGUGAUAGCCCGGUUUGAAGCUCGCCGAGAGAAAGACAAGCAGUCGCAGCUUUGGCUCGAUCGACAGAAGCGGAAGAUCAGUGGCGCAAUGCAGGCUUUCGAUGAGAUGGUCCGGAGUAUAAGAGAGCAAGACAAGGCAUAUCUCGUUGGUGACGAGAUGACGAUUGCUGAUAUUGCGGUCGUGUGUACGGUAGGGUUUAUCGAUUUCGGAAGCAUGAGCCCUGAAUGGAAAAGCAAGUACGAAGGGUUGGCGAAGUGGUUUGAGGAACUGGAUCAGAGGAAGGAGUUUGCGGAGACAAGACCCGUUAUGUUUGAUCUGAAAGAGACUGUAGUGUAG